AUGGUCGAUCUAUCAUGGCUGCCGGAGCCCCUCCGGAACCCGAACAAUUGCCACAAGGACCCGAUUCCAGGGUUUCCUUAUUCGUACGGGUACAAGCCUAGUUUGGCCGCGGGCAUCACAUUCUGUGCUCUGUUCGGCAUCGCCUUUUUUGGCCAUGGAUUCCAAAGCAUCCGUCUGAGACGAUGGACAUCUAUUCUUCUCACGAUUGGAGCAUUGACCGAGCUCAUUGGCUGGGCAGGCCGUACUUGGUCCUCCGAGUGCCCGUAUAACGCCAACGCUUACCUGAUGCAAAUCACCACCCUCAUCAUCGCUCCCGUUUUCGUGACCGCCGCUCUGUACGUCCUGUUGGGUAUUUUUAUCAACAACCUGGGCCGUCAAUACAGUCUUCUGUCGGCCCGCAUGUAUACCAUCGUCUUCUUGACGUGCGAUAUUGUGUCCCUUGUCAUUCAGGCUGUCGGUGGAGCCAUGGCCUCGAGUGCGUCUAGCAAUAAGGAGGACCCCUGGCCCGGCACCAGGAUCAUGAUCGCUGGUGUUGUGUUCCAGCUCAUCUCGAUGACCAUCUUCGCCGGGCUGACGGUGGAUUUCACCAUCCGAUCGUCGCGCCUCGGCAGGCCUGCGGAGUACACGAGUAUUCUGGUUGCAUUGUACAUCUCUUUCAUUGCCAUUUACAUCCGAAGCAUCUUCCGAACCGUGGAGCUGUGCGAGGGUUGGACCGGAUAUCUGAUGCUGCGGGAGGGAUACUUCAUCGGUCUGGACGGUACACUGAUGGUGAUUGCUGUCUCCAUCUUCUUGGUGCUGGACCCGGCGAGAGCACUGUCUAACAGAACUCGCAUGUCACACAAGGAGUCCAAGGAGUCCAUGCCUGGCAUGGCUGUCUACUAA